AUGUCAAAGUUUUGGAGCAAAACUUCUCCGAAAGGUGCUGUCCUCUAUCUGAAUCAGUUCCUGAAAAAUUUCUUAAGGCCAUACGGUCAGCAAGACGAAGCACCAAACGAACAUACCGUCUAUAAAAGAAUCAAGCCUGCGUCUUGUGAGUGGUUGCUCCGCCCAAAGGUUGCCACUUCAGAAUUGGCCGACACAAUCCAAAAGAGCCUCGAGACGCUGGAGGAAGUGAGUGGGUCGUACGCUACUGCGGUCAUCGUCACUCGUCUGUUUCAAAACCGCCUUUGAUGGGAUUCGACAGCAUCUUCCAUUGCUGAACACCAGAGACCCCGGCGAUCCAACAACACAAAGUGUGAAAGCACUUUUGAAAUUCCUGUGCGAUGACGAAAUUGACAACGCAAUCAACGAGGCGUACCAAAUUGGUUCAGCCCUGUUUUCCAUGGCCACUCAUGUAAUCGUGGCAAGGAACCUCGUGAGAAACAUGGAAAGGUUUGCAGAAACGUUUUCACCAGUUACUCCAACGGAGAAAACCAUUACAAGUUUGAAAAGAAUGAUGACGUCUUACUACACGGAAGGGAUCACUGCACCGGACGGCAAAAAACAUGGCAGCAGAAAACGUUUGUUCGCGGAAAUUGACUCCGACCAAGAAAAUUAUCUCUCUGGGAGUGAAUUGUCCGAACAAGAACUAGUGCGCACCCCAACCAAACCAAGAGAACGACAAAGUUUUGGUAAAGAACAAGUCUCUAACAGAAAAGUGACAGAAACGAAAUCGACAAAUGAGGAGGAGAAUCAGCCGGAAUGGGAGAAAAGAGGAAAGCGAAAGAAAGUAGAUGGAGUUAUAAUGGAAAGUGGAUCUUCAGAAAAAGGACUAUUGUGGUGA